AUGGCAUCAAACAGCCAUCAAGGCAACCAAAGCUACAAGCAUCUCACUCCCGAAGACGUUGAUCACUUUUUGACCAAAGGAUGGCUCCGAGUUCCUCAAGCCAUCAAGCCAAAGUACAUCGACAAAUGGAUGGAGGACUUCUGGUCUCGAGUUGAUUACGACCCCAAUGACAAGUCCACCUGGCAUACUCAGUACCAUCACCUCCCACGACAUCGCGAGGUCCCCGCAGAAGAAUUCGCCCCCGAGGCCUGGAAUAAAACCAUCGAGAUCUGUGGCGGGGAGGACAGAAUUGACCCCAUUCGGGAGCGCUUCUAUGGGGACGCCUUCAUCGUCAACUUUGGUACCGAUGAAUGGGUCACCAAGAAAGAAACACCUCUAGAGCCUCAAAAUCUCAAAGGCUGGCAUACCGACGAUGACUGGUACCGCAUGUUUCUCGACUCGACAGGUUGUGCAAUAACCAUUAUUCACUGCUUCACUGAUAUCCCGGAACGCGGAGGCGGGACUAUGCUGUGUGAGGAUGGUAUUGAAGGACUCGUGAAGUUUCUUUAUGACCAUCCCGAAGGCUUCGACCCCCCCGUCACGGACAGACUCAGCAGCCAUGUCAAAGACUGUAAAACGUUCACCACGGUCACGGCCAAGAAAGGCGAUGUUCUCCUCCUCCAUGGUUUACUGCCACACGCCGCCAGCCCUAACUAUCUGCGUUAUGCACGUGUCAUCACCAAUCCACACGUCGCGCUUCGCAGCCCGCACGACUUCAAUCGAACGGAUGGCCACUAUAGUCUUCUUGAGCAAGUCAUCCUACGUAAUCUCGGUCGUGACUCCCUUCCAGAAUGGAAAGCCGUGCGUGAACGGAAAUUCUGGUACCCCCGUAACGCUGGAUUCAAGCGCGCAAAAGCGGAGGGGGAGUUAAAUCGCAUGAUUGCGGCCGCCAAGGCCAAGGGUCUAGACGAGAGUGCAGUCGACAGCAUCUAUCAGCGUCGGGGCACCAAGGAAUUUGAGGACUUUGAAAGACGCAACGGCUUCACAUUGCCGAUCAAUGAGGCCACUGGCCUCCUUAUGACGCAGCAUUUUGGGCCUGAUCCAGCCACCGAGCCAGUUAGGGUCCAAGCUGUACGUUAG